CAUCUCAAAGCAAGAAUUUACACGCCCCUCUCUUCCCAACAAUAAGCACCGCUCAUAAAAAAACACCAAUUUAGAAUCAGAAAACUCUUUCUUCUCUGUUCCCCUUCUCUAUCCAUUCACACCCUCUCUCUUCAUCAUCCAUCUUCCUCCUCUGUUAUUAUUUUUUUUUCAUACCCUCACCAAAUGUAAAGAAGGUUUUUUUCUAUCAUAUUUCAGGUGCAGUUCGAGAUAUUCCUCGUUGAAAUCAAUGGAAAAGUAGUCAUAAUUCAUAACAUUGGAGAAAAAAAAUUUAAGAGAUUGAAAAGAGAGGGAAAAAGGAAGAGAACAAAAACCCAGAAAUGGAAUCAAGCGUUGAUAAUAACGGAAAAGAGUUUUCUAGCGACGAUGACGCAUCGCCAAGAGCGGUACUAGACACGCCUGUUUCAGGAACAGAGUCGGACAACAGUGGGAGCAGCAGUUUCGGCUCUUAUUCACCGGAGAAGUCGCCUUCACCGCCGCCGAUAGGAAAAUCAGGCGGUGUAAAAGAAACUCAAUUGCAGCAAUGGAAAACAAUGGUGGAUGUUUUUAGGUUUAAGUCGGUGAGAAAAUUAUCGGCCAUUCCUAUUUUUACUGCGGCCACGCACGAAAUUACUAGGAAAGGUUUUACUAAGAAAUUGGCUCGGGUUCGAAGUGCGGAAGAGAGUAUUGAUAUUGGUGCUAUUCCGACGAAACCUUCUUGGAGGAACUUUGAUUAUGCUGAACUUGCUGCUGCUACUAAUGAUUUCGAUUCUGAGAACUUGGUUGGAAAAGGUGGUCAUGCUGAAGUAUACAAAGGACAAUUAUCAGAUGGUCAAGUUGUAGCAGUUAAGAGGCUAAUGAAGAACGAUAAGGAUUUCGCCGAUAGAGCCGGUGAUUUCUUGACGGAGCUUGGAAUCAUCGCGCACAUAAGCCACCCGAAUGCUACACACCUUAUAGGGUUUGGUAUCGAAAAAGGUCUCUACUUUGUCCUACAAUUAGCACCAUAUGGAAGUCUUUCGUCUUUACUCUUCGGUUCUGAAGGCUUAGAGUGGAAGACAAGGUACAAGGUAGCUAUCGGAGUAGCUAACGGAUUGCAUUAUCUUCAUAAAGAUUGUCCGAGACGAAUUAUUCACAGGGACAUCAAAGCCUCCAACAUAUUACUCAAUGAUAAUUAUGAAGCUGAGAUAUCUGAUUUUGGACUUGCAAAAUGGCUUCCAAAUAAUUGGGCACACCAUGUUGUUUUUCCUAUAGAAGGAACAUUUGGAUAUUUGGCUCCGGAGUACUUUAUGCAUGGUAUUGUGGAUGAGAAGACUGACGUGUUCGCAUUCGGCGUUUUGCUACUCGAACUUAUAACAGGUCGUCGUGCUGUUGAUUCGGAUAGUAGGCAAAGUCUUGUGAUUUGGGCCAAGCCACUACUUGAUUCAAACAAUGUCAAGGAGCUAACAGAUCCGAGAUUAGAAGAGAAUUAUGAUCCUAUUGAAAUGAAGCGUACCAUGGCAACGGCUUCCUUGUGCGUCCACCAUUCAACCUCCAAGCGUCCAUUCAUGAAACAGGCUACACGGCUAUUAAAGGGCGAGGAAACAAUGUUAGAUUCCAAGGCAAACUCAGGUUCCUCAAAAUCACUCAUGUUAGAGGCAUGUGACUUAGAAGAUUACACUUGUUCAAAUUACUUGAAGGACCUAAACCGCCAUAGGGAACUAAUCAUGGAAUGAUAUACAUUAUUUUAGUCCUUUCCUGUGUGCUGCAUUUUAAGGUUUCUUGUUCCUCCUUUUGUAUAUGUAUUGUGAAAGGCUAUGGAAUAAUCGGUGUGUAGCAUUUUGUGUGCGGCUGAAUCUGAAAUCGUCUCAGGCUUGUGUUUUUGUUCAAGCUUAGUAGGCUUGUAAUUUAGCAUGAACCUGUAGGGAACCAUCAACCAAGAAGACAGUUUCUUAGUUGUGGCUUUAGGCAUUUUGUUGAUGCUUGUGACACAAGUAAUUCACAAGCAACAAUGUAAUGUUAGAAAUGAUGCUAGCAGUGUUUGUAUUUUUUGACUCUGCUUUGGCAUUGUUUCCAUCCCAAUUUCAUCAGUCUCAAUCAAUUGUAUGCAUCUUGUUUCCAUUUCUUUAUAUUAUAUAUUAUGAAAAAAAUAUUAUGGAACAUCUUGGUUCCAUGAAAGCUA